CUAAAAUCAGUGUUUGCCUUCAUUCCAAUUUCAAAAUUAGAAAUACUGUGGUCUCUCCUGAUUUGUACCGCCGUCAGCUUUCCGGCAUUGCCGCCACUGUCUCCUUCCUUCUUCGCCGCCGAAAUAUUUGAAAAAUGGAUUUCAUGGCAGAAUGGAAAUCCAUGUGGCCUAUAGCCUCCACCUUCGCCGCGCCAUUACUCCUCCCAAAUAAUGAUCCCUCAGCACCAUUUGGUCCACUUACGUUUACCCCAAGCCCUACCUUCUCAACCACUAUCCUUCAAUCUCCCUCCCUCUCACCAUGCCUUCCCCCACAAUAUCCACAAUUCAGCCUUCACAGGUUCCUCCAACAUCAUUGUGGUAUUCCUACCUCCGACAAUUCUGCUCCCUUUUUUUUUGGAUCACAGGAGGCCGAUUCCUUUUUAGAGUAUCAUGCCUCCAACUCUCUUCAAUUGCUUCAGAUUCCUCACAAAAACCUAGUUAUUGCAUUUUUCCCUGCGGGGGAGAAUUUUGACCGUGUGGGCUUCUCUUUGCUUUCCUUGAAAGGCGGUAUUUUGGAGGUUCAGUCGCAAAGGGGUGGUCAUUCCUUCCAUCUAGUUGAACAAGGUAAUGUUAAUCGUCAGCGAAUCACAUGCUUGUUGGUGAACCCAGUUGAUGAUUGCAAUGAUGAAGUCUCUGUAGUUGGGCAUUUGAUGCUUUGUACAAAGUAUUCUGUUUGUUGGUAUAGGGUCAGAAUCACCAAUAAGGAUAAACACAAUGAAAAUUAUGUUGUUGAUUAUCUGGGUCCUGCCAAUGCCAAGAUGUUAAUGGGAAAGUCGGUUGAAUGUGCUUGUUGGAGUCCACAUAUGAGUGAAGAGUGCUUAGUUUUGUUGGAGAGUGGUGAUUUAUUACUGUUUGAUGUUAAUCACUCUUCCGCAAGAAAGACCAAUUCAAUGUCUUCUGUUAAUAAAAAGGUGCAAGUUUCGUUGAGUGGUAAGUUGGGAUUGAAGGAGGAAAGUCUACCUGGGGGUCAGCAAUGGUUUGGAUGUAAAUUUAGUUGGCAUCCAAGAAUCUUCAUUGUUUGUCAUCGAAAUGAGAUACUCUUGGUUGAUGUAAGGUCUUCUGUUGAAUGCCAUGUCUCUUGUUUACUGAAGCUUCAAAUGUUGAAGAUGAGCAUAAAUGAUGGAUUUUUCUCACUCUCAAGGGCAGGGUCUGAUAGUUUCUUCUACAUUGUGGCAACUGAAUCCAUGCUUCUCCUUUGUGAUGUGCGGAAACCAUUAAUACCAGUCUUGAGGUGGACGCAUACUAUAAAAAAUCCGCGAUAUAUUACUGUCUUUAGAUUGUCAGAGUUGAGAGCAAAUGCACAAGAUGCAAAGUACAAGUUGGCUUCUGAAUCAGGCUAUUGUGUUAUUUUGGGAUCGUUUUGGGACAAUGAUUUCAGUCUUUUUUGUUAUGGCCCUGAUGUUAAUGGAAAUGGAUCUGUCGAUUCUGCAAUCUCUAAAUUUUGCAACCUACAUUAUUCAUGGGGAUUCCCCUCCGAGCUUUUGAUGUCCAGGUCCGAUUGUGCAUGUGGUAGUUGUUUUGUAAGAGAGGAGUCGUGGAAAUCCUCCCUCCCAGUUUGGAUUGACUGGAGGGAUAAGAAGGGGUUGAUUUUGGGAUUUGGCGUUCUCAAACCACAGCUUUCUGUACAGCCUUCUUCCUUUGGCAGUUUUGGUGGGUUUACACUGAUUAGGCUGACCUCAUCAGGGAAGCUAGAAGCACAGAACUACCUCUCAGCAUGGAGAUCCGAUAAGGUUUUGGAAGCAGGUCACAAAAGGAAGAGGAUUCAGUUGGAGGAUAUUCAAUUAUAUGAUCACAGCUAUGCAGAAUGUGAGGGGGUUAGGGUUUAUCACCUAAAACUGGAUUUCCUUGAUGCAUAUCUGGAGGAUAAACUAGCAAAUUUCAUUUCGGCAAGAAGAGAGAAGAUGAAAGAGAGUGAUAGAACUGCCCAGAAAGAUUAUAUCGGUAAUAAGAUUGUUUUCCAUCAAGAAAAAUGUCAUAGGCUGAAUGACUUUGGACUUGCAAGAAUAAAAUCCUCUCUUACGACUUCUGCUGUGUUGAACGCUAUCACAUGGCCGAUUAGCAUACAUGAGGUUGCUUCAGGGAGCACAUAUGGAGCUUUGCCCUCAAACUUAUUGCAAUUGGCUUUCACCACCUACUCAGAUUUUGGUAAGUAUUUAAUGAGCCAAUAUGUGCCUCUGGAGUUCCUGGAAAUUCCUGACCAGCCCAAAGCCCCGCCGUUUACUUUUAGAAAUCCAUCACGCCGCGGCAAUCUUUGGUCUACCAAAGUCAAGCCAUCUGAUUCCCUUGUAGGUCCAGUUGUUCCUGCUUAUUUUCUAAAAGCUCUUAAUGACCUUUGUGAGGAUGACCUUAAAGAGGAAAGCCAGUUGUACGGGGAAGAGCCAGAAGCUUUUUCAUCUCAUUCUCAAUUCAAAAAUUUAUGUGAUAAGGUUAUGGAGGUUGCUCAGGAAUACAUUUUAAGCUCAGAUGUCAGACCUCAGUAUGAUUCUGUUUCUCUUGCAGAUGAUACUGAAGAUAUGAGCAAUCAUAUCAAGAAAUUAAAAUUAUCUUGUCAUAAUCCAUCUUCGUUCGUGCAAAGUCCGUCAAGAAUGGAUAUUUUAAAACCUGGAUGUGAGAAUAACAUAUUUUCAACUCAUUUCUUUAGAAGAAGCCAAGACCUUACUUGUGAUCUUAGUAAGGAGAUGGUAGGGAAAGAAAUAUUUGAUGUAGGUUGCCCAAUAGAAUUGGAUUUCGAUGAUUACACUGAUGUUUUUGGGCCAACGGAAUUGGAAAUGUUUCGAACUUUAAAGAAACAAGACUUAGACUUUCAAAGAAGUUUUAAGCCGUAUCAAGAUUAUAUCGUUGGACGGGAUGAGCUGAAAUGAGGAUAAUAUGAUGUGAAGUAUGUCAAUACAUGUCCAUUGAUGCCAGCAGGAAAAUACACAAUGAACUUGCUGCCUUUGAAAUGAAUUUGCUGGAUUAGUAACUUUGGCUGAGAAAAUUCCUAACGGGACCAUGUUGAAACAAGUAAAGUAGCUUCAUUCCACACCAAUUUUCAAGAUGGGGGAGAAGGCAGAAGCUCUUGAUGCUGUGCUGAAGGAAACUUUUGAUUUGGAAAACAUACCCAUUGAGGAAGUGUUUGAGAAUCUAAGAUGCACCAAAGCAGGACUCACAACCAAGGUGGCUGAGGAAAGAUUGGACAUUUUUGGACACAACAGGCUUGAGGAGAAAAAGGUUUUCGAAUCCCGUCAAAGUUUGAUAUGCUUCAGCUCUAGAUGAGAUAGUGUUCGAUGCUAAAAGUUUAAAUCUUGACUGCUGGAAAGCAAUUCCUCAAGGUUUUGGGGUUAUGGAAGCUGCUACUAUCAUGGCCAUUGCUCUUGCAAAUGGAGAGAGGGCUGGCAGGACUUUGUGGGUAUCAUCGCUUUGCUUGUGAUAAACUCAAUAAUCAGUUAUGUCGAGGAGAUAGAUCCCUAGAGGCCCAAUCAGCUGAAGAGAAGGUGUAACAAACACACUUGCCAGAAUUGUUUUGAACAAGGACAUAACAAAAAGCCGUGUAAAAAUCCCAAAGCUUCAAAACCAAACAAUACCAAGAGAAAAUGAGGACGGCCCUUCAAAGACAAGGAGCAUGGAUCUACUUCAAAUGCUAUAUCAAAUGUCUCACAAAUGAUUGGCGUGCCAUCUGACACAAGAAAGUGUAGCACCUAUUUUUUUGUGUAGUAUUUUGGAACUCAUGGUGUGUGUAGCACCUGUUUUUGUGUAGCAUUUUGGAACUCAUGGUCUACUUCUGUGAAGUUUGAGAGAACAAUGUGACUCAGUUCUAUAAAUUGUGGGAUAAACCAGAAUUUAUCCAAAACUUGUGAUUUAAAUGCUUA